AUGAUGGUAAAACUGUUGAAGAUUAGCAAAAGUGCUAUUCAAAGACUGAAGCAAAUAAAGGAGACCAAAAACAAGUAUUUGUACAUAAAUAUAACAGGAGGUGGCUGCUCAGGAUUCCAGUAUAACUUUAAUUUAAUCAACCCAGUAAAUAAAGGAGUAAACAGUAGCGUAGACGUGAGAAAUGAAGAGGAGGGCGAGAACAUAGUAGUGUACGAUGACGACACGGUAAAGAUAUAUAGUAACCAUGAGUCGAGUGAGGUGAUUAACGGAUGCACACUGGAUUUCCAGAAAGAGCUGAUAGGGUCUAAGUUUAUCCUAGACGACAUACAAAACUCAGUAAGAAAGUGUUCCUGCGGAAACUCAUUUGAACUGAAGGAUGUGUAA